AUGGAUGGUGUUACUGAUCCUUUGGAAUUAUAUGAUGUUUUAGAGUGUGUUGGGAGAGGAAAUUUUGGUGAUGUUUAUAAAGCCAAUGAGAAAAAGACCUCUAAAGUUGUUGCCAUUAAAGUUGUUAAUCUUGAAGAAACAGAUGAUGAAAUUGAUGUAUUAGUUCAAGAAAUUUCAUUUUUAUCACAAUUAAGAUCAGAUCAUAUUACAAAUUAUUAUCAAGCUUAUGUUAAAGAUGUUAAUAUGUGGAUUGUAAUGGAAUAUUGUGGUGGUGGUUCAUGUGCUGAUUUAUUAAAAUGUCAUAGAUCUUUAAGUGAAGAUGUUGUUGGGUUUGUAAUUAAAGAAACUUUAAAAGGUUUAGAAUAUUUACAUUCUGAAAGGAAAAUUCAUAGAGAUAUUAAAGCUGCUAAUAUCUUGUUAACUUCAGAUGGUCAAGUUAAAUUGGCUGAUUUUGGUGUUUCUGGUCAAAUUACUGCAACACAAGUUAGAAAAGAUACAUUUGUUGGUACUCCAUUUUGGAUGGCACCUGAAAUUAUUACUAGAAAAAGAGGUUAUGAUGAAAAAGUUGAUAUUUGGUCUUUAGGAAUCACUGCAAUUGAAUUAUUAAAAGGUACACCACCUCAUUCUCAUGAAGAACCAAUGAAGAUAUUAUUUGAAAUUCCUAAAAAUCCACCUCCUGUCCUUACUGGUUCAAGAUAUAGUGAUGGUUUAAAGGAAUUCAUUAGAUUUUGUUUACUUAAAAAUCCAAGUAAAAGACCUUCAGCUUCUUUAUUGUUGAAAACAAGAUUUAUUAGACAAGUUAGAAGAUAUCAAAAUUUGGUUCCAUUAAUUCAAGAAAAAGAUGAAUGGAUGAAAUUAAAUAAACCAAAUGCUAAAAAACCAAGAUAUGAUAUUGAUAAGAAAUUAUAUACUAAGAGUGAAGCAAGUUUUAGAUGGAAUUUUACCAAAACAUUACCUCGUCAAGCUAAACAUCUUGCGAAUUCUUCACCAUUAUCAAAUCCAAAUAAUAGGAAAAGAAAAUAUCCUUUUAAUACCAAUGAAUACAAAUCAAAUAUUGAAAACAUUUAUAAAGAAUUGUUGGAAAAAGAUUCUUAUAUAACAGAAAUGGUUAAUUCAGGUGCUUUAAUAUCAGAUAACUCUACUUCACCAGAAGAUAUAAGUCCAAAUACAUAUUUUGGAUCUUCCAAUACUGAUUUAACAUCACCAGAGACUGAUGAUGAAGAUUAUGAUGAUUAUGAUGAAAAUGAAAAUGAGACUGAAAAUGAAAAUGAACCAUUGACACCUUCUGAUGGUUAUGUUAAUGAUGAAGAAAUGGACAACAUUGAGAAUGAAACUGCAAUUAUUCAUAAACAACAAUAUCAACAUCAUCAUCACAAUGAUCCUAGUAGAGUUGAUACAACAUCAUUAACAAUGUAUGAUGAUGAAGAAAUGGAUUAUGAUAGUGGAAUCCAAAAAAUUGAUCAUAUUAAUGAUGUUAUUUUACAUUGUUUUAGAAGGGUUCAUCAUAGAGCUAAAACAUAUGAAACCAAAGAGACUGUUUCAACAUUAGGUAAACUGUUUUUACAAGCUGAAAAGACUCAACCAGGAUUAUCAGAAGCUUUAGCUGAAGAAAUUUGGUUAAGAAUGUGUCGUUUAAGAGGUCGUUCUGGAUCCGAUAGUGCACUCUUAUGA